UGCCGAGGGGCUGGAGCUCGCCGGGAACGCGGCGUUCACUCGCGUCCCCGAAGUGCCUCUGCUAAGUGAGCCACGGAGGGGAGGAGCAGUCCCCGGGCUGAGCGAGGCCUGGGGCCAAGUGCGUCCAGGGCGGAGGGUGACGGGAAGCUGUGCCGGAGGAGUCACUUUUGAGACGCUUGUUUUGGAGCAUUGCAGAAACACGGGUGCAAACCCCAAGUUCACCAGCGUGAGUCAGCGGGACCCGCAGGGCAGGAGAGGGAAAGGUGGGCGAGGCGGGCGCCGCGCACCCCGAGGCCCGCCCGGGCGGCGGGGAGGACCGGGUGGUGACUCGGGACACCCCUAGCGGCGGCCCCUUCCCCAGCCCGACAGGUGAGGGCGGGCUGGCCGCGGGUCGGAGUCUGGCGUCCCCAUCGGCCACCCUCCCGGCGCCACCGCCACCGCGCAGAUUAUAUCUGGGUGCUGGCACCCAGCCACUCCUCUGCCAAUGAAGUACAUCCUGGUCACUGGUGGGGUCAUCUCUGGUAUUGGUAAAGGGAUCAUCGCAAGUAGCAUUGGGAUGAUUCUAAAAUCAUGUGGGCUCCGAGUUACUGCCAUCAAAAUAGACCCCUAUAUUAACAUCGACGCGGGCACUUUUUCACCUUAUGAACACGGUGAAGUGUUUGUCUUAAACGACGGUGGAGAAGUUGAUUUAGAUCUUGGAAAUUAUGAACGAUUCUUGGAUAUUAAUCUUUAUAAAGACAACAACAUCACCACUGGGAAGAUCUAUCAGCAUGUGAUCAAUAAAGAGAGGCGUGGCGAUUACCUGGGGAAAACAGUACAAGUUGUCCCUCAUAUUACUGAUGCUGUCCAGGAGUGGGUUAUGAAUCAAGCCAUGGUGCCUGUGGACGGUCAUAAGGAAGAGCCCCAAAUAUGUGUUAUUGAGCUGGGUGGCACCAUUGGAGACAUUGAAGGAAUGCCAUUUGUGGAAGCAUUCAGACAAUUCCAGUUUAAAGCAAAAAGAGAGAAUUUCUGUAAUAUCCAUGUUAGCCUUGUCCCACAGCCCAGUGCUACUGGAGAACAAAAAACCAAACCCACACAAAACAGUGUCCGUGCGCUGAGGGGGUUAGGCCUGUCUCCAGAUCUGAUUGUCUGCCGAAGUUCAACGCCCAUCGAAAUGGCUGUGAAGGAAAAGAUUUCUAUGUUUUGUCACGUGAACCCUGAACAGGUCAUAUGUAUCCAUGAUGUUUCUUCCACAUACCGAGUGCCUGUGCUUUUGGAGGAACAAGGCAUUGUUAAGUAUUUUAAGGAGAGAUUGGAUCUGCCCAUUGGUGAUUCUGCAAGUCAUUUGCUUUUCAAGUGGAGAAAUAUGGCUGACAGGUAUGAAAGGUUACAGAAAACAUGCUCCAUAGCCCUGGUUGGCAAAUACACCAAGCUCAGGGACUGCUACGCCUCCGUGUUCAAAGCCCUGGAACACUCAGCCUUGGCCAUCAACCACAAGUUGAAUCUGAUGUACAUAGACUCCAUUGAUCUGGAGCAGAGCACUGAAACUGAGGACCCUGUGAAAUUCCAUGAAGCUUGGCAGAAGCUAUGCAAAGCUGAUGGUGUUCUUGUGCCAGGAGGCUUCGGAAUCAGAGGAACAUCAGGAAAACUCCAGGCGAUUUCUUGGGCAAGGGCAAAGAAGAUUCCUUUUCUGGGAAUUUGCCUUGGGAUGCAGCUAGCAGUGAUAGAGUUUGCAAGAAACUGCCUUAAGUUGAAAGAUGCUAGUUCCACAGAAUUUGAGCCAAAUGCCCGUGUUCCUCUGGUGAUCGAUAUGCCCGAACACAACCCUGGCAAUUUGGGAGGAACAAUGAGGCUGGGAAUAAGAAGAACUGUUUUCAAAACUGAAAAUUCAAUAUUAAGGAAACUUUAUGGUGAUGUUCCUUUCAUAGAAGAAAGACACAGACAUCGGUAUGAGGUGAACCCCAGCCUGAUCCACCAACUUGAGCAGAACGACUUAAGUUUUGUAGGUCAUGAUGUCGAUGGGGAGAGGAUGGAAAUCAUUGAACUGGCAAAUCAUCCCUAUUUUGUUGGUGUCCAAUUCCAUCCCGAGUUUUCUUCUAGGCCAAUGAAGCCUUCCCCUCCAUACCUGGGACUGUUACUUGCAGCAACUGGGAACCUGAGUGCCUACUUGCAACAGGGAUGCAAGCUGUCUUCCAGUGAUAGAUACAGUGAUGCCAGUGAUGACAGCUUUUCAGAGCCACGGAUAGCUGAGUUGGAAAUAAGCUGAAACGAAUACAUGACUCUGAAUAACAGGGAUUGCCUGAGAGGCCUCUGAAGUAAUUGAAGCCAAGAUGAAGGAACUGUCUGAAGAAAUCACCACACUCUUAAAGAAUCACUCUCUUCUCCACCAAAUACAGACAUAAAGCCUCGAAGGGAAUCUAAUAAUACGUCCUUCCAUGAACCAGAACCAAAGGGGUAGUUUUUCUUUUCCCCCAGAGGUAGCCUUUGCCUCUCUCAAAUUUCUGUGGCUGAUUAAACUUUCCCAACAACCUCAGUGG